AGUUCACUCUGAGUGUUCACUGUGCACAGUACAAUUCAAAACAAUCCCUUUGUUUGGUUGAAUUUAAAUAUCAUUGUUUCAAUUUUAAAUACAUUCGAAUUGUUAUAAAUAAUAAUCAAUUAAUUAAUUAAAAACUAUAAUCAUUAUUACUUUUAUUCAUAUUAAUUUAAAUAAAUUAAGAUAUAUACGAAAUUAUAAUGUCAAAAACUCGAGACUACUGAUGCAAUAUUGCUCUGAAUAAUUUAAUAAUUAAAAAUGGAAAUGCAUGAAGAAAAAAUUAAACAAGGGGAUGACACAUCCCACGAACCAUGGCAAGGAUUGGUGAAAAUGUCACCAGUUGAUAUCGAAUUUACUGAUUUGACAUACACAGUGCCAACUGGAAAAAAUGGUAACAAAGCAAUUUUAAAAGGAGUCAGUGGACAAUUUAGAUCAAAUGAACUCACGGCAAUUAUGGGACCAUCUGGGAGUGGGAAGUCAUCUUUAUUAAAUAUUCUUACUGGCUACAAAAAUGAAGGAAUUAGUGGACUUGUCACUGUCAAUGGAAAACCAAGAGAUAUGAGAUAUUUUAAAAAAAUGGCAUGCUACAUAAUGCAAGAUGAUUUACUACAGCCAAAACUUAAAGUCAUUGAGGCAAUGCAUUUUGCUGCAGAUCUUAAACUUGGAUAUAAUAUUUCAUAUUUAAUAAAACACGCUAUGAUUAAAAAAAUCUUGGAAACUUUAAGACUGGCAAAUGCUGAAAAUACAGUGAUGGAAAAAUUAUCAGGGGGUGAAAGAAAAAGAUUAUCAAUUGCUCUUGAGCUUGUUAAUAAUCCUCCAGUUAUAUUUCUCGAUGAACCAACAACUGGUUUAGAUGAAUUAUCAUCAGUUCAGUGUAUAGAUUUAUUACAACGAGUUGCACAAGGAGGAAGAACAGUUAUAUGUUCAAUUCAUACACCAAGUGCAAAAAUAUUUUCAAAAUUUCAUCAUGUUUAUAUGGUCGCAGCUGGACAAUGUGUUUAUCGUGGAUCAGUUAAUUCACUUGUUCCUUUUUUAAAUCAUGUUGGCAUUGAUUGUCCAAAGCAUUAUAAUCCUGCUGAUUUUGUUCUUGAAGUUUCAUCUGGUGAAUAUGGAAUUGAAUAUGUUGACAAAAUGAUUAACUCAGUUGAUUUAAAAUAUCCAGUAAUUCCAAUUGAAAGAUCACCCAAGCAUGAAAUUGAAAUUGAUAAUAAUUUAGGUAUUAAUAAAAUACCUUGGCAUCAUCAAUUUUUUAUAUUGUUAAAACGAAUGAUGCUGCAAUUCUACAGAGACAGAGUUAUACAACUGGUUAAACGAGAACAUUUUAAUCGAUGGUACGACAUAAGUCCAUAUUUUUGUGCCUUAACUAUGUCAACUAUCCCUGCUCAGAUUAUAUUGGCUGUUAUUUAUUUGUCAAUUGUUUAUUUACUAUCUGAACAACCACUUGAGCUUUAUAGAGUGUCAAUGUUUUUUAGUACUUGUAUUGUUUGUGCAUUUAUUGGUGAAAGUAUGGGUUUUGCAAUUGGUAGUUCUUUAAACAUUGUUAAUGGUAUGUUUCUUGGACCUGCAUUAACAGUACCUUUGAUGCUCGUAGCAAUUCAAGGAAUAGGAGAUCCAUCACCACUUCCAAUUUAUCGUCAAAUAAUUAUGUAUCUUAGUUAUUUAAGGUAUGGUUUUGAGGCACUUAUUACAGCAACUUAUGGCUAUAACAGAGAAAAAUUAUCUUGUAUUGAUGAAUAUUGUCACUAUAAUUAUCCACGUGAACUUCUUAAAGUCAUGAGAAUGGAAAAUUGUAAUUUUUGGGUCAAUAUUGGAGCGUUGAUGACAAUUCUAGUCUUACUUAGAGCAAUGACAUAUUAUUUAUUGCGACAACGAGUUCAGCCAAAUAAAACAUUUCAAGCUCUACAUCUUGUUGGAAGGCUUGUUAAAUCUCACUUAAGUUCAAAUUAAUUAAUAUAUACUGCCAUAAGAAUAUAAUUAU